AUGGGAAAGUGGAGUUGCCCAAUUUGCAAUAAGACAUUAUCUUCACCAGUAAUUGCUGGCUGUGGACAUACUUUUUGCUGGAGGUGUUUAUGUAAACAUAUGGAACACCAGAACAAUUGUCCAGUUUGCAAACAAUAUCUUGACUACUCAACAUUCACAGCUAUAAAAGGUAUUGGCAAAGAAGAUCAGGAUUUAGAAUCACUUCCACCUUUACCGCAAAGUCAUAAUGAUGAUUUUUCUUAUACCUCAAAACCGCCACGUGUAAAUCCAAAUCCAGAACCAGAUCUGAAUGCUGGUAACAAUUUCGGUAAUCCAACAAACCGUCAAGAGUUUACAACACCUGAAGGAAACACAAUUAUUCAUGAAGAGUAUAAUAAUCCUGAUGGUAGCAUAACAAUUCGCGAGGAAACUAUUACUCCUGAUGGUCAAAGAACUGUCCAUCAGGAAAUCACUAAUCCAUAUGGUGGAAGAACUUUUCAACGCCAAUUUGGAACUCCUCAAAGAGAUUUUCAGCCCAGAACAGCUAGAACAGAAUUUAAUGGUUAUCCAGGAACGUUUGAAGUCUUUACAAACGCCUUUACAAAUAAUCCACAUCAAACCCGCCGCCAAGUACGAACAAAUACAAGGAAUACAGUUAAUGGUACUGCGCCUCUAAUACGAUUUUUAGGCUCAAUUGUGUUUUUCAUACUCAUGCAAUUUGUUUUUAGAUAUUUAUAA